GCGGAGGAGCCUCUGCCACCCUGUGCCACCUCCCCCGAGCUGCGCGGUACAAACUUUCUGACGGGUAGCGGAGCCGUGUGGCGGCGUGGCGCUGCCCCGGCACCUCCCUGUCGCGGAGCCGAGGGGGAGCGGCCCCGGAGCUCGGCGAGCGGGCGUGCACAAGCGGUAGCCGGAGGAGGAGGAAGCACUGUCAGUGGGGCUGGCCGUCUCCUCCCGCUGGGCAUCCUUCAGCACCGCCGGGCUGCGCUUCGCCCGCCGCCUGUCCCAGCGCGGUUAUUCGCGUCCAGCCAACGCCGCGGUGAGGCAGAGCCGGGAAAGGAGAGAUCCGAGAGGAGCCGGGGCGGGCGGGUGUCUGUCUGCCCAGCCCGGCGCCGCUCUUCACGUACCGGACACCUGGAAGCAGCGGUACCGCACCGUGUGGCUGACCGGGGAGCUGCUGAAAUGGGUUGUGGAUUGAACAAACUAGAGAAGAAUGAUGAAAAACGACCUGGUAAUAUCUAUUCAACUUUAAAGAGGCCUCAGGUAGAAACCAAGAUAGAUGUUUACUAUGAGUAUCAAUUUCUGGACUUCACGACACUAAAUGAUACUGAGCUGCCAGGAUCGUCUGCAAUCAAGCUCUCCUCCUUGCAUGAUCUUCCAGCUCAGCUGCAAGAAUUGUACCAGCAGGGCUUUGUCUUGGCUGCUGUCCACCCUUUCGUGCAACCAACUGAUGAAAAAGAGAAAACUCCCCAGGAACAAAUCUUCAGGGCUGUGCUUAUCAAGAAAACAGAAAGGUCUCCAAAAGGUGAUGGCCAUAGUGAAGGAUAUGUCUUGGAGAUAGAGUGCUGCUCCUCUUUAAGCCAACUUUCAGACAAAAAGGAGAUACCUGAUUUUAUUAAGAAAAUUCAAGAUGCUGCAAGUCAAGGCUUGAAAUUUGUUGGAUUUAUACCUCAGUACCAUUCCCAAAAGAGCUGUCUUGUCAGCACCUCCCUGACACCCACCCGUAACAACUCUGUGCAAUCAAGAGAUAAUAAAAAUGUUUCAAAUUACCCGGCCGAUCGUGCUUCGCUGGAUGGCGAGAAAAUAGACAGCAUUAAUGGAUGCAGUACUCCAGCUCCGAGUGAGGAAAGUGCUGACCAGUGUGCCACAUCCAGGGAGGGCUGGAGAGGUGAAGGACAGGCAAGUGAAGAGCUGAAUCUCAACUCUGCAAAGGGAAAUGAAGAGCAGUUUCAACAGGGGAACCCAAGUGUAACAGGAGCAGCAGACAAGCCAAAUGGACUUGCAGAGACUGAAACACCAGCACGAUGCUUAAAACCACUUAGUGGCAAAGCAGAGAACUUCAUUCUCUUCAACAAGCCAAAAACUCCACAGAAAUGCAGCCAGUAUUAUCCAGUGACUAUCCCUAUGAGGAUCUCGAGGAAUGGGCAGACUAUCCACAGCUUAGAAGCAAAUUGGCUGGAGCACAUGACAGAUCACUUCAGGAAAGGAGGCUCAUUGGUAAAUGCCAUCUUCAGCCUUGGAAUGGUAAAUGAUUCUUUACAUGGGACAAUGGAUGGAGUAUUUCUCUUUGAAGAUGUUGCUGUGGAAGACAAUAAACCCAUGCAGGGCUAUGAUGCAAUUGUUGUAGAGCAGUGGACUGUCUUAAAGGGAGCUGAAGUGCAGACAGAUUAUGUUCCUCUGCUGAAUUCCCUCGCCAUGUACGGCUGGCAGCUGACGUGCAUCCUUCCGACCCCCAUUGUGAAGACAAACAGGGAAGGGAAUUUAUCUACAAAGCAAAUUGUAUUUCUUCAGAGACCUUUUUUGCCCCAGAAAGCAAAGAAGAAAGAAUCUAAGUUUCACUGGAGGUUCUCCAAAGACGAUGUGCACAGCAAACAAAUGAAGAAGUCCAUGAAGGCUAAAUUAAGUACUAGGGAGAAACAAAUGGCAGAGAAGCAAGAAUUUGAAGUCACAGAGAACACGAGAAACUUAGCAGCACAGAUCUCCACCACAGCCAAGCCUGAUCCAGAGCAGCAGCUGGAUGACGUCAUAGACUUGGGAGAUGAGGUAGCAGGGACCAACGACAGCGGUACCCAUCCUGACGGGGCAUCAGAAGAAACGUGUCCUGCCAGUUAUGGUACUGAUGACAACGAGGCACAGGUCUGCCUCAGCCAGAGCACAUCUGGCUGCUGUGCAGAUCAGGGAACCGAGGGGGGGGACUGUGCCCCGGGGUCGGACGGCUGCAGCGGCAGUGAUGGGGCAGGGCUGGAGACAGAGGGCUCCUGCCAGUGAGACCUACCCACAAGCAUCCUCUGAGUUGCUGAUACUUUGCUAAGACAGAAGAAGAGAUUUUGCUAAUCACCAACGCUAACUCCAUUGCUCAGUUCAGUAUUUCUUUAGCAUUGUAAUUACUUUGCUCCUUAGCGCACUGAUAUCUUGGUAUUUAAGUAACUACAGGGCCUUUCAACCUACAGAAAUUAACUGCAAAAUUCCUUCCACUGUGCAGAGUGGGAAAUACCCUAAAUGUCUCCUAGAGCUACACUUAAAAUUAAAAAGUAGGGGCAGAAAAUACUUGGGUUUUUCUGUGACCAACCUUAGCAAACUAGGUUUGUAUCUACAUGAGAGUAUAUGUUCACUUGGUCAGAUCUUAUUCUAGAAUAUUUUCUUGUCCACAUAUCUUUGCUGGAGAAGUUGUUGUGCCAUAUGUUAUUUUGCCAUUAGGCUUGUAGUGUCAGGAAACUGGUAUUUGGGCUUUAAACAGGUUGAAAAGGGAAAGCUUAGGUAAGAUGUCAGUUAUCUGUAUUUAUCUCAAAUCGCACACUUACUGAUGAUCCUCUCCUCUGAAUGUUAUUAAUUCUUGCAGAUCCUUAAGCAAUGAGCAAAUUGUGUGCCUAUUUUAAGCACACUGAGUAAACAAAUCCCAUGGUAAAUUUGCUUGGGCAGAUGAUUCCAAUAUAAAAUGCAGUUUCCUAUUUGGUCAUGUUUAUGUUCUCUUUGCCAAUCAACAGUUCAUCAGUAGUUGUGGGGGCUUCAGAAGAUAGAAAAACAAGAAACAAAACCACAGGUAAAACAUACAUCUUUUGGUGACCACCUUGACUAAACUUGGUAUUAAGGGCUACCUCCUACCUUUCCAGGUGAUUUUUCACCACCUCCUCACUGCUAUAAAAUAUGUUGUGGGAAAGAACUGAAACUGUACACAAAUAGCACGGGUUUGUGGCCAACAAAUGUGACUAAAUGACCUUACAAAAUGCAAAUACUUUAAUAGAGGAGGGGUUUUUUUACAAGUAACAAUAUUUUGGGGCUAACACCUAGCAGAAUUUUGUAAAAUUACCAACAUUUUAAUGUUUGGAGCUACAUUAAAAUAUUUAUAAGUGAAUGUACAUAUUUAAUAUAGUUUCCGUGCCAAUGUUCUCAAAGUACUUCAGUGUUCUUAAAAAUGUAGGAAGUAGUUGUUUCUCUCUGCUUAACCACCUUCAUCCUCAUUUAGAAUUGGUCAAGUAAUCUGGGAACAAGGUGAGGACACAUUGUAAAUCUCCAUGCUUUUUUUUUUUUAAGCUAUAAAGAGCUUCAUGACUUGCUGUUUUUUUUCCCUGACUGAUUUGUGCCUGCUAAUAUUCCUUAGGCUUCCUAUCAAACUGCUAUACAGAUAACUAUGUUCUGUAUCAGAUGUGCACUUAGACUGGUUCAAAAGCAUCUUUCACACCAAAAAAUAAUAGGGUUGGCAGAACAUGUCAAAGAAGGGAAAGAUCUUUGAAUAUUCAUCUAUACUGGGACAAUGGCACUCAAGCUUAAACCAUUCAUUCUGUAUCUCACACACAAAGCACGAGGUAUUCCUUUUGUUGAUUAAAGAGGGUUUUAUUUUGAAUUCAGUGGUUUAACCAUAGGACUUUUAACUUUGUUUUCUGGUGGUAUUUUUCAAUUAUUACAUUCUGUUUCUUCAGAUUAGACUGAAGUUCCAAUAGCCUUAGUAAUAGGUUGUUUCAGGUGUUCUAUUUAAAUACAAGGUCUCUGCUCUGUACAGUUUUAAGUACCUGUUUGCAAAUUUUACUAGCAUAAGAUGGUUUCUAUUUUAAAAACUAGCUUUGUAUUAAUCUUGUUUAAAGAUUCACUGUAUUUAAUGAGCAUUUUAUUAGUAGAAAGUGUUGCAGUAGAAUGAACUGUCCAAAUACUUUUGAAUAGAAAGUGUUUAUUGGAUUUGAC